AUGGAUAACAGGGAGAGGUAUCGGAAAUAUAAAGAUAGGCUGUCUGAUCAACUAGGCAGUCGUCAAACCUCCUUUGCAUUAACUUCGAAGCUAAAAAGCAUAUUUACGCCUUGGCAUAAACCUAACACUACUGACAAGGUUGUCUCUUCAGAUAAUAAAAGCACUUCAAAUACGACCAAAGGUUCACAACUAGAACCGAAAUUUUUAGGCUCGCUGACAUUCAAAUUACCAGGCUCAUUUCAUAUUUACCAGGAUACCUCUUACGCGCCUGCCGGUUCAUUGAAACAACCACCACCUGUUGCAUUACAAUCGUCAUCAUCAUCAUCAUCAUCAAUCAUUGACAAAGAUGAAACUGUUGAGAAUCCCAAUGACAUUUUAUCAGCAUUUUUCAAAGAGAAAGGUAACAAGAAACUUACUGACGUCGAAUAUGAAGGGGUAAUGGCAUUAAUGUCGAAAUCUAGAACGGGGACCCCUUACAAGCGCCAAAGUACCGAAUUGAGCUUUAAUAACGAAGAGCCUUUGCUCAAGAGAAGAAACUUAGGUAAUGAUUCCACAAUUGUGGGAAAUGAGACAUCAAUCAUCGGAUCAACCCCAUCAAGGCAAAAAUAUCUCAUGAUGAACGGAAAUACCACUUUACAAACUCCGGGGUAUACACCGAAAUAUCACAGUGUUUCCAACGAUACCUUUGAAAGGUCAUAUCUGAUAAUAAACAAUACAACAGGAAGCAAUUUUGCACCGUCCUCGAGAAGGGUGAGAAUGAGAUCAAGAAGACCAGCCCCAUACAAAAGUAGGAUUAAAAGUUCUCUUCUAUCGAAAACAAUGGGUAACGAAGAAACAAGCCUCGUAAAUGAGGAUACUCUGAACAUCAAAUUGAACACCAACACUAUAGAAGAGAAAAGUCGCAUUCUGAAGUCCCCCAGCAAAGCAGCUCAAACAUUAAUGAACAUUUUGGAUGCGAAGAAUGAAACUGGGGAGACAUCCAAGGAGCUUCAACAACAACAAAACAAUAAAUUGAAAAUGUUUAUCAAUCCGUAUGGGUCUAGGUCCGAGAGGAAAAACAAUAAAAACUCGAAAAACGCUUCCGUAUUAUCAGGUGUGACAGCCCUGACAAUUGGCAAAACUAUAUCUUACAGCAAAUCAGAUCUUUUACCUAAAGAAGUUGAAUUGAAAGGGAACAUAAAAGAAAACGAGAACUCUGGUGAUGCUAUGAAACAAAAUCAUGCACAUAAACUUGACCAACAGCUGACGAAAACAGCCUUUUCUGAAAUGGCUAAAUCAAAGAACUCCCCGGAAAUUUCAAAUGCUCCAAUCGUGCAUUCAAAAUUCACCACAAACACUUCCGCUGACCAAGCCGAAUCAAAAUCAAAGCUGGCUCUUUUUUCAAAUGGCAUUCAUCAAUCUUUACGUCACAAAGUGAAUGCGGACAAUGGAGGCAUCAGCAUACCGAGGGAAAACUUUGAAGCAAAGAAUGAGGUGGAUAUACCAAGUAAUGAUGGCUCCUCAAAUAUCUUCAAGCCAAAACCGCUACUUACAACUCUAGAACCAUCAAAGACCAUUGGAGGAUCGAAUGAAGAUACGAUUUUCCCGGCUGAUUUGAAUAGUUUGAAAGCUAAUCCAAUCAUUGCCACCAACGAGCUACAAGCACCGGGAAGAAAACAACAGAAGGCAUUUGCCAACGUUGGUACAGCAACUGCAAAUUUUGAAAGCCGUCAAUUAGACAACAUGGAAAGCAUGAACAACGCAAAUCAAUUAAACGGUGCCAAUUACGAGGCUUCCACAUCCGAGUUUACUUUUCCUUCGCCACAGCUUGUUGUGUACGAGUUUGACGAUGCAGAGGUCAAAAAAUACAGGUCCUUGUUUAGCUUUUAA